UCCGAAAUUUUCUUAGUAUCGUAUAUAAUAUACGUCUUAACCGGUAGCGCCUCUAGAAUCGGCUUAAUAAUAUUACAAACACUUAUAGCUAAUAGUGUCCGCCGUCUAUAUAUUGUUAAUAAGAGAAGGGAAGCGUUAGAGGCAGCCUUAAGACUAUAUAGUAGUAGACUAGGAGAUAUGAAAAUGUGUGCUUCUAAGGGCCUAUAUUAA